AUGUGGUUAACAUCUUUGAUACAUGUUCAUUGUUGGAAUUCCAUCAUAUGGUUUAGCUUCUUUGAUGCAUGUUCAUUGUUGGAAUUCCAUCAUGUGGUUAACUUCUUUGAUGCAUAUGUUCAUUGUUGGACGUUUCAUAAUGUGGUAAACUUCAUUGAUGGAUGUUCUCUAUCACGUGGUAUUGUGGUUAACUGCUUUGAUGCAUGUUCAUUGUUGGAAUUCCAUUUUGUGGUUAACUUCUUUGAUGCAUAUUCAUUGUUGAAAUUCGUAUUAAGGAAUGUGCGGGUUCAGUGCUUUAUCUUCACGCUUUCACUUACGUCAAGUCAGCAAAACAGAUCUGAGCCGUAUACUAACAAGGUUGAACGCCAUCUGGUAACUGUUGAAGCUCUUGAAUUAGUGGUGGCAUUCAAGAGACAAGAAAGUCGAACAAGUUAUUUAGUAAAGAAUAGUGGAAUCAUCUUUUAGACACUAGGUGUCUGCAUCAGGGACCGACCUAAACGAUGAGUGAAAAGAUUAAUCAUGUGGCCGACUUGCACAUGGAGUGCUGGAGCAUGGGCCAAAUUUAAAGUGGGUUAAAUAAGUUAUGGGCCAAAUUUAAAGUUGGUUGAAUAAGAUCUUAUUUGAAUAUUGUGCAUAACUAAACCAUAUUAAUUUGGUUGUAAUUUUAUUUAUUUAAUAAUAUGAGAUAUAUAACAGUUAACAGUCGUUCUUUCAAUUUGUUAGUUUUUAUAUCUAAUAGAGUAUAGAUGGACUAGUUUAUUAUUGAAGAUAGUAAUCAUUUUUGGAGAAGCUUUUGGUGCUCUCGGUUUUGAUGGAAAGAGACAACCACCCUACGGUUUUCAUGGGGUUUUCUAGCACAACAUGGAGUCUUGUAGCAUUUGCAUGCAAUGGUUGUUUUGGUAAGUGGGAGCUUGAAGAUUUGAUUAUUUGUCCCUUAAGAAAUGAGUUGACAAUUCUUGUUUUGGUUCAUAAGAAUUGUCAGUAGUUAAAUGACUUGGUUUAUCCACUUUCACGUAUUCUAGA